AUGCUACACGUUGAACGAUACUACAGAGGCCGGAUCCAAAAUGGUGGCGUCGUGAGCGGCUUCAAGCAUGUCGAAGACACCACGACUCCCCGGAUGUUCCACGUCAAGGGAAAGCGCCGGCCAAUUGUCAAAGAGCUGCCCCAUGUGUCCUGGAGCCUAAUGAACGACGGCGACGUAUUUGUCAUCGACGCCCGGACGGUCGUCUUUGUGUGGUGUGGCAGACAUGCCAACCACGUCGAGAAACUUCAGGGAGCUGUCACAGCGCAGCAGCUGAAGGCGGAACAUGGGGAAGGCACCAUCGUCAUCGUGGAGGACGGUCAAGAAAAGCACCUGGGCUCUCCCGAAAAAGAGUAUCUGAACCACCUCCUUCCACUGGAGGACAAAGUGGUCAAGAACCACCGAGACAUGUCCGGCGACGAGCUCGCCGAGAAGCAGCACUGCGCCGACAUCAAGCUCUAUCGCUGCUCGGACGAAGUGGGAACAUUGCGCGUGACAGAGGUCAAGACUGGACCCUUGGAGCAGAAAGACCUCCUUUCUCAGGACUCCUACAUCGUGGACAAUGCAGAGGCCGGGAUCUGGGUCUGGGUCGGCAAGAAGGCGAGCCACAAGGAGCGCACGGAGGCCAUGCGCAACGCACAGGGCUUCAUCAAGAAGAAAGGUUACCCGCACUGCACCCAAGUGGCGCGUGUCAUCGAGGGAGGGGAGCCAAUGGGGUUCAAGUGCCUCUUCAGGGUGUGGCACGACACCGAGCACCCCGCCCUGCCCGGGAAGACGCACUCUGCACACAAAAUCGCCAAGACAGUCCAAACCAAAUUUGAUGCGCCGACACUCCACUCCAACCCGGCCCUUUCGGCCCAGAUGCAAGUGGUCGACGAUGGAACGGGAAAGCGAGAGGUAUUCCGGGUCCGAAACUUGAAUCUGGUUUCCGUCGAGCUGAGAGACCACGGAAAGUUCUUCUCGAACGGCUGCUACGUCAUCGUCUAUAUCUACGACUCGGGCACGAAGGAGGACUGCAUUGUGUACUACUGGCUGGGUCAAAACGCAUCAACGGACGACAAGCGGACGGCAGCGCUCAAGGCUCGAGAGCUGGACGAUCGUUUCCACGGCCAGUCCGUUUUGGUACGGCUCGUUCAGGGAAAAGAGACGCCCCACUUCAUGACCAUCUUUUCGGGACAGAUGAUUGUGUUCGAGGCGGCGGACGAAGGCAUCAACGGCGGCAGCGCGGUGACCAACGGCAACGGCAUCGCCGCGGACCACGGCGGGGGCGUUCACAACUUCCCGCGCGUGUACCUCCUGCGAGUGCACGGCACCACCCAGCACAACACCAAGGCGGUGCAGGUGCCGUGCACCGCCGCCUCCCUCAACUCGGGCGACGUGUUCCUGUUGUCCAGCGGUGGAGGAGUCGUCUACGUCUGGGCGGGCCGCAAGAGCACCGGCGACGAGCGCGAGAUGGCCAAGAAGAUCGCCACCGGGUCGGGAAUGGAGAUGGUCCUGGUUUCUGAGGGCCAGGAGAAGCAGGAGUUUUGGAACGCCAUUGGAGGUCGGCUAGACUACACCAACGAAAAACAGAUACAGGAAGACACUGGCACGCGCGCAGCCCGCCUGUUCCACCUGCGCGACCGCGUGGGGCGCCUGGCACCCCGGGAGGUGGUGGACUUUAACCAGUGCGACCUGGUGGAGGACGAGGUGAUGCUGCUGGACGCCUGGCACUCCAUCUUCCUUUGGAUCGGAAAGGAUGCCGGCAAGGAGCUCGCCAAGCUUGCCAACCACGCCGCAGAGGAUUACCUUCAGGACGACCCCAGUUGCAGGGACUUGGGGACGCCGGUGAUCUGGGUCAAGCAGGGACUCGAGCCGCCAAACUUUACGGGCUUCUUCACCUCCUGGGACAACGAAUUUUGGAAGACUCUGCCGACCUAUGAAAGCAUCAAGAAUGAGAUCGAGGACAGCAACCAAACUCUGCUUGCAAUGCAGCAACAAGCGGCGCUGUACCGGAACUCGAGGUCCGAGGUCGAGAAGUUUACAUUCGACGCGCUCAACGUCAAGAACCCGGACCAGCUCCCAACCUGCGUCGAUCCUGCGAACAAAGAGCUGUACCUCAACGACGAAGAAUUCCUGCGGAUCUUUUCCAUGGCAUACGAGGAGUUUGAGGGACUCCCCAAGUGGAAGAAGCUGGACCUCAAGAAGAAAGUGGGACUCUUCUAGAAAGAAAACGACAAAAACAAGAAACGGCACG